GGACCUAAUUAAUCCAGUAAUACAAGGAUUACCCCGGUUUGCCUAAUCAUCAAGAAACAUCUUGGGCACCGGAUUUGGAGGGUGAUUUAUGCGACUACCACAGUAGAUUAACCGUUAGAAACUGCUUAAGAUUCAAUGCCUCAAUGCUGAUAAUUGCAACUGCAACUUUUCUCAACACGUAUUUUGAGAAUUGAGAGAAAUGCCUCUCAAGACGCUAUGGACUUUUGGUCGCGCCUCAUAGCAAACACCCGCUUGUCCUCGGGGAGUUCGAGCAAGGAUGCCGCACGAGAUCCCAUAAGACGUCGACAACGCUUCGAGAAGGAAUACGGCCAACUCUUACAAAUAUGGCGAAACUGCCCAAAUAUCGCCCAAGACGAAGAUGCCGCCGAGAACAUUGAACUCCGCCUCCAGGGGCUCACCAAUAUACUCGCCGACGAAUCCCGACGCCCGUUACCUCAUCCUUGUGUAUCCUUCUCCGCUACCAAGCAGAUCUACGUUCCGAUCGCCAAGAUAGCGACAUCAUCAUACAAUGAGUGGAUUAUUAAAGAGGCUGUCCUAUUUUUUGCUACUCUCAUCGAAAGUGAGGAGGAAGCCUUCGUCGAAAGUGAUGCAUUUUCCGCGAGCUUAACAAAUCUCCUGGUUCGUAUAACGGGUAUCAACAGUAUUCGAUUAGGUCCCGACACCGAAGUCAAGGUUGUUGAAUUGGCGUUUAAUAUCACCACUAAGAUCCGCCUUGAUCCCGGUAUCCUCCCUGCUUGGUUCAAAUCCCACCCCGAGAGCCAUGCGAAUGACGAGAAGACCAAGGACCAGAGGGAGAAGUUUGCCGGAAAGAUUCAGAAGCAGGAUUUUCCGCUUUUCUAUCUAUUGAUGGACUAUAUACAUCAUGAAGGGAAAAUUGGUGACUUCGCUCGGACUGGUCUGUUAUACAUCAUCGAGGCCGCUUCUUCCUCUGUUGCCCUGGAACAGUGGAUCGUAGAGAGUGACUUGUCGACCCUGAUGGCUACUGGACUUGGCGCGUUAUAUAGUCAACUGAGUCGGAAGCUUGUUAUCGACCAUCCCCCGGAGAACCUCCCUCCAGUUCUUGCUUUGUCCGAUUAUCAACAUCCCACAUCAACCUUUGAGAUUGUUAGUUCUUGCAGCCCAGACUUUCAGCUGCAUUUAGAGACGUUCCUUUCCCAUCUGCUAUUCUGGCAGGAUGUUCUCAACCACUGUCGAUCGGUGGAAGUGAAAUCAACUCUCCUCGAGCAUUUUCAAGUCAUUUUCCUACAACAACUACUGUACCCUUCCCUCUUGGAGUCUUCAGAUGUAGAUGGAGGCUCGUCAGUGGCCGUCUUAACUUAUCUUCGACACAUACUAGAAGCUUUAGAUCAUCCCGAUAUGAUCAACCUCGUCCUUCACUACUUGCUAGCUCUCCCAGAUGCGAAGUCGGCCGCGCCGCCCGAUGCCGAGCCGUCGGUUAGCGCUGCGCGAAAGCGAAAGUCCAUGGACCUCGCCACUAUGAUGGCUACUAAAGUUGAACCUAGCUAUACACCCCUACUAUUUAAUCUAGUUGAUUUAAUUCGCUCAUGCCUGAAGUCUCGGAAUCAGCAGACCGUGUGUGUUACGCUUCAGCUCGUGGCGGCGAUCCUUAAGCGGCAUCACCGAUACGCGACUACGACUCUUCUUCACACAGAAGGUAUCGAUACCAAUACUUCUCGUAGAACUGUGGGUGCUCAUGAACAAGAAGUCGAGUUUCUCACUACUCUAGCCGGGUCUGUUGGGGGCCAAGACAAUUUCAAUGAGAUAUACGAGAACAUCCUGAAAGAUAGUAUGUCGCGUGUAGAAGGUCACCCAUGUUCUCUCAAACUGGUUACCCCGAACCUUCCCACAAACAACCCCAAGUUACCAAUAAUUCCGGAUUCCUUGCCUGGAGCACCUGGAGAUGUCCCGCGACACACGCUGAGCGCAGAAGAUCCUCUGUGGAAUAGCAUCCUGGACAUUCUGGACUCCUUUUUCAUUAAUCCCGUCGAGAUGAACCUAUCAGCCACGGAGACUAUACUUGAUUUAGCCGUAUGCGGGUAUAUAUCUGUCGAGGGAUGGCUUAUGCGACAUCCAAGAAGAUAUUCAUACGAUGGAGAUACUGAUGAAUCUACAUCUCUCCCCUUAGACCCCGAAUCCCCUUCAUUUGCCGAUACCGAGAAGUUAAAAGAUAUUGAAAAGUGCCGUCGUUGGCCGGUGUGGCAGUCAUCGGCCUUGCCACGUAUUCUCACUGUUCUAGAGGCGCUUGCUGACCAAGUUGAUUACUUCCGAGGUUCGGUGCCGCGAUUCGAGGAACUCUUGCAGCAACGCCGUGAAGCCUUCCAAACGGCUGAUACCGUUAUACCAAAUCAGAAUUUUCGGCCAACCUCUACCACGGGAGCUUCUAUACCAGAUCAGACAAGUCAGGAUGGAUCCCGCGCGGCAUCCCCACAGCGGCCUAGUGCACUUGAAGGGUUUGCGCAGAGGAUAUUGUCUGAAUUUGGAAGCCCCAGCCGGUCAGGUAGCCCACGUGGGCGAAAGGAAACAAUUCGAAGCUCGAGUACGGGAUCAGGAACAUCAGGAGGACAAGGGGUUACAUCACCAACUCCCAAGUCGAUACAACCUCCACCGAAAGAAUUUCCUCUAAACUAUGAUAAUCCGUCCAGAAGCGGACUGGCACGAUCGCUCUCGCCUGGAAGUCAGCAUUCUGGUAACGAUAGUCCGAUAGUCAGCGAAGCUGCUGCAUUUGCAGCAGUCGAUCAAGGGAUACUUGCCCGACAAGUAAGCUUACCAGCGCAGAAGAUCGAACCGAUUCUAUUAGACUUUAAACUAAAGAGCGCCAAUGCCACAGCAGAUGUCGAGGAGGAACAAGAAGGUGACAACGAAGGAAAAGCAGAUACUACAGAGGACCAGGAUAGUAAAGAUGAGAGUGAUGUUGCGGACCAAUCUAUUGCCCCAACACCGCCCGAGACACCGCCCGAAGUCAAGACAGUUUCGGUCUCACACAUUCUCACCAACGUUAUUAUCUACCAACAGUUCUUAUUGGAAUUGGCGAGCCUGGUUCAGGUCCGGGCAAGUCUGUUCAACGAGGUUAGAUUUGCCUAAGUGCAACUAGUAAAUCGAUGAUGCGCACGACUAUUACGGAUGAUGGCGAUUUUCUUGGCCUCCUUUUCCCAGCACGAGGGAAUACGACAUUUUAUUGGCGCCGGAGGCUACGUCUUGGCGGGGAUUAGACGGCUUGGGGGAGAGUAGAGCGACGCUCGCAUGUCGCGGGUUUACGAUGCGCAUAAGAGUUUGAGAAGAGGAGAAAGAGUCUAGGUUUCGUUACGUGGCCUUGUUGAGCAGUCUUCGUUACUUCUACGCUAGAUACCACAUAUUCUGUCCAGCUCUCUCGUUUGAGAAGGGAAACGUGCUAUAAAUACAAUUAUGUUGUUCCGCCGUUGCGUAUAGAUAAUUCGAAAUCGUGUCUAUUCGUACAGUCAGUGUCGAGCAUAAAGUCUUUUAUUUGUGUACCUUAUUCUAUCAGCCGCUGUUUCCACUCUUGUACCUAUCGUACAGUCAGUGUCAUCGCCUAGGGAGAUAGACCCUAAUAACCAGUCAUCAAAAGGUAU